GGUGCGCCAUGGAUUAUGUCUUGGGUCUAUCAGAUUUCAUCUUCAGAGGAGGUGGCCAGCCCUCAGGUGUUAAGAGGUGGGAGAUUUUUCAGUCUUACCGCACUUGAUCUGCACUUCACUUGAGACUCUAUCUCUUGCAACAUUUGCACUGUGCUCAAAGAAGGAGAACUUGAAUUGGAUUUUGGAUUAAUUCUGAUAUGAAGAACUGAGGAAGGUCUGAGGAGUGGUAGGUUGUGACAGCUAGGGUGAAAUCAUUCCUCUUAACUACAGGCUAAAACACAAGAUCCAUUGCGUGAGAAAGUGUCAUGGAUGUAUUAGCUUUAGAAGCAAAAGAAGGGAAGAAUGAUAAAACAUCAGCACUUGCUCCCAAACCCAGAGCAAAACUUCAGAAAAAGCCUAAACGAAUCGUUUACUUUGAGGUAGAGAUCUUAGAUGCCAAGACCAAAGAGAAACUGCUGCUCCUGGAUAAGGUAGAGCCAACAGCCACUAUUUUGGACAUUAAGUCUAUGUUCCACAAUUCAAAUCAACAUUUGUAUCCUGCCAGACAGUCUUUAUGCCUGGACCCAAAAGGAAAACCCCUACGAGAUGAAGAGAUCCUUCAAGAGCUGCCUGUAGGAACCACUACAGCCUUCUACUUCAGAGACCUGGGAGCACAGAUGUCCUGGGGAACUGUGUUCCUAAUCGAGUGCAUUGGACCACUUGUCAUAUACCUGAUGUUUUAUUUUAGACUGCCUUUUAUCUAUUCUCCCAAGUAUGAAUUCACCACCAGUAACCACUGGGUUGUGCAUAUCGCCUGUGUGUGUCAUUCCUUUCAUUAUGUAAAGCGAAUCAUGGAGACGUUAUUCAUCCAUCGCUUCUGCCAUGGCACCAUGCCACUGCGCAACAUUUUCAAAAGCUGUUCCUAUCACUGGUGCUUUGCAGCAUGGAUGGCUUACUACAUCAAUCACCCUCUCUACACACCACCAUAUUUUGGUGAAAACCAGGUAAAAACUGCACUUGGAAUCUUUCUAUUCUGUCAACUAGGAAACUUCUCGAUUCACAUGACUCUGCGUAAUCUCAAACCACCUGGCUCCAAGAUGAAGAAGAUUCCUUAUCCAACCAAGAAUCCAUUUACAUGGAUAUUUGCACUUGUUUCAUGCCCAAACUACACAUAUGAGGUGGGAUCUUGGCUUGGAUUCACUCUGAUGACUCAGUGUGUUCCUGUGUUGUUCUUCACUGUGGUGGGAUUCAUACGGAUGACCGUUUGGGCCAAAGGGAAACAUCGCAGCUACCUGAAGGACUUCAAAGGAUACCCCACGCUGCGUUCCCCAAUCUUACCGUUCAUCCUGUAGCAGGACAAAACACCACUGAAAAUCCAGAAUACUCACUCGUCUCAGUCAGUGGACAUUAUGGCUUCUUAAAGUGAACUGCAAAAUUUGCAUUCUCCACCAGGCCCCUGUGUAUUUAUUAAAACACAACAUCAUGUGGUUGGGUUUAAAAAAUCAGCCAGAAUUACAAAUAAAAUGAAGAUUAUCCAGAUGUGGAGUAAAAAACAUUUUCAUUCAAAAA